CUGAGUAUCUUGGAAUGAAGGAGAGAAAAGAUAUGGGAGAAAUAGAAGACAGGGAAGAAAGGGAGGAGAGGGAGGAGAAGGAGGAAAGAGACGAAAUGGAAACCGAGGAAAGAAGAAAUGAGGAGAAGGAUGACGAGGGAAGAAGAAUUGAUGAAGAGAAGAUGAUAGUUAAAGAAACUGAACAUCUUAACAACAAUAUUGAAAACAAGAAAGAGAAGGAUCUAAGUGACAGGGUGGCUGAACUCCAGGACUCCCUGGAUACUCUCAAAAAAGAAUCUGAAUCUAGAAUUCUCAAACUGCAGAUGGAAAAUGAUGAAGCUUCAAGGGUGAUUCAGCGGUUGCAGGAUCAGCUAAAACAACAAACAGAAAUAAAUCUCAAAAACAGUCUAAUGAACCUCAAACGUGACAAUGCAUCCCUCUUCCUUGGGUCUGGAAUGCCUCCAACCCCUCCUACCAGCCUAUCUGGUCAGCACGGGCUGGAGAUGCUUCUAAUGGAGCGUGCCAAGGCAAUGCAUGAAAGCCAAGCAUUGAAACAGUUCCAGGGCUUUGCAGGUCAAGGUUUUGGAUUCCGGGGAGGACUCUUCCCAGCUCCUGUCCCAAACCAAAUGCGUGGCAUAGACAGCAACUUCAGUUCUGAAGAUCUGCUCAACAGAUGGAGGAACCUUCCUCCAAACAUACAGAAUCAUUCACUAGAUGGAACCACCAACACCUUUCAGUUCCAUCUAACUCCCCACCAGGAGGACAACAAAUGCCACAUAACUCCCUCUCCUUCGCCUGAAAAGCGUGAUUCCUCCCCUGAACCUCCAGUUUCUCCUCCAACCAACGCACCUUCCCUCAAUGGAAUCUCCAAACCAUGUAGUGAUAACGGCUCCCCAAGCCCUCACCGUACCGAGAGUGCAAGCCCAGUAAAGUCUGAGGAUUCCAACUUGUGUGAGAUGUUUAACCCUGAGCUUCCAUCUCUGGGCCCUGUCUCCCCCUACAGUUCUUCCAACCUAGGGUUACCUGUGCCAUCACUAAUGUCAGCCUCCAGAAUACCCAAGUCAGAUCCAAUGGAGGCUAAACUACAAGAAAUGCUUCGUGUGAAUAUUGAGAAAAAAGGAGCACAAAUAUUGGACACACUGGUAGAUUCUAAAAGGGUUCGUGAUUUGUUAACUUUACACAACAUUGGACAGCGACUGUUUGCAAAAUAUGUGCUGGGACUAUCCCAGGGAACUGUUAGUGAACUUCUCUCUAAACCUAAAUCCUGGGAUAAACUGACAGAGAAGGGAAGAGACUCAUACAGAAAAAUGAAUGCCUGGGCCUAUGAUGAGAAUGCUAUACAGCUCCUGAAAACCUUAAUACCUAGAAAAGGUGAACUAAAAAGACCUCCUUCACAAUCCCAGCUCACCAUUAAAUCUCCCAGCAGCCUAGGGGCUAAUGAGGAAUCUUCAAGGGAUAGGGAUAAAAGCAGAGAUAGAGAAACGAACAAAGAUCCAUUGUCCCGGAUGUACAAAGAGGAAUUGUCCCGGAUGGCUGGUAAUCCGGGUGUAAUCCCCGGAUUUCCAGAUCAACUUAUCCCCGGCUCAACUCCUCUCCUACACGGCUCUACUCCUGUACUCCCCGGAUUGGAAGAGUUAGCAAGAAAUCCGGCAGAUUUUCAUCAGGCUCUCUCCUUGUACCAUGAAGAGCUAGGCAGACUACAAGCGGCCUCUGUAACAGCUUCUCUUUGCUUGAAGUCCCCUGAGGGUUCCCUGGAUACGGAGGAUAUCGUGAAGAAGGAGGAUGAGGACGGAAGACAGGAUGAGAACAAACCUAAACCCUCUACUUUUCCAUCGUCAAAGGAGGAGGUACACUCUGUGUCCCCACUGCAACGCAUGGCGAGCAUCACCAACUCCCUGGUGUCUCAGUCCCCUCCGGUCUCCUUCUCCCCUACCUCCCAGCGACCCCUCCGCAGCACUCUUCCUCCGAUAACCCAGCAACAGUUUGAUCGGUACUCUCAUGUCAACACGGAUGACACAGUGCGCCGGAUAAAGGAAAUCCUAUCUCAGUAUUCUAUCAGUCAGAGGCUCUUCGGAGAGGCGGUUUUAGGGUUGUCCCAGGGAAGCGUUUCUGACCUUCUUGCUCGUCCUAAGCCAUGGCAUAUGCUAACGCAAAAGGGCCGCGAACCAUUUAUCCGAAUGCGUAUUUUCCUGGAGGAUGAAGGAGCAGUACAUCGUCUAGUGGCGAGCCAGUACAAGAUUGCACCGGACCGGCUAAUGCGUAGUCCUUUCUCAAGCCCAAUGGGUAUUCCCGCAUCAAGACCCAUGGGGAAAAUUCCUGAGGGACUCCUUCGUCCGAUGCACUUUGAAAACCCUCUUCUACCUUCUACUCUGAGGUUCGGGGCAGAUCCUAAUAUCGGAGGUUUUGACCCGCUCGCAGUUCAUCGUAAGAUGGGUCCGCGGCCUCCUCUGGGUCCUAUCCCUCCUACACCAAAUCUCUACGAGAUGGCAGCUCUAACCUCAGAACUUGAUACUCAAGCAAUUACAAGCAAAGUCAAGGAGGUUCUGUUGGCGAACAAUGUCGGACAAAAGAUGUUUGGAGAAUCAGUUCUGGGUCUAUCUCAAGGAUCUGUCAGCGAGCUUCUCUCAAAACCUAAACCCUGGCAUAUGCUGAGUAUUAAGGGCCGGGAACCUUUUAUCCGGAUGCAAAUGUGGUUAAACGAUCCAACCAACAUGGAACGGUUGGCCAUCAAGUCGAAUAGAGAAGCUGGGAAGCGACGCUAUGGGGGACUAGAUUCCUGCUCAGACCGCUCCUCUCCUCUCGACGCUCUGGACGAUUGUUCCAACGCCGGCUCAGAUCAUGGUUCAGCUAAAAAGUCCCGGCUGCAUGUCUCUGAUGAGCACAAAGAUGCGCUUAACAUAGCCUUUGCUCUAGACCCUUUCCCCAACAGCUCAACCCUUGAAUUUCUUUCUAGUGAGUUAAACUUGGAUGUAAAAAGCAUCACAUCUUGGUUUCAAAAUCACAGGAUGAGAAUAAAACAACUCCACGGAGUUCCAACAGAAGCCCUCUUUCCGUCUGGAGAUGACACUCAGAGCUUUGAUCCAACAAAAUUUAGAAUUCUUCUGGCCCAUCGCCGCUUGGAGAUGCAGGGAGGAGUAGGAGGAGGGGGUUUUCCUUUCCUUCCCCCUUCUCUCUUCAACCUUCCACCCCGAGGAGUGGAGGGAUUAGACACCGGCCUAGAUCUUAGGUUCACAAUGGACAUGGACUUCAAUGAGGACGAGAAUUCAGACAGUAACAGUGAUAAAAACAAUGCUGAUGAAGAUACCCGAUCGCCAGAAAGCACCCCACGCUCUCGCCGGAAACCGGCAGCCCCUCAGUGGGUCAAUCCAGAUUGGCCGGCUGAUAAUGAAACCGGAAGUAAGGGAAAGGAUCAUGAGCAACCUAUUAACGGUGUGUGUGUAAGAAAUAUCCCAGUCUAUGGAGAAUGCCCUAAGCAAGCAACUGAAUCAAGCUGAAGUAAUUUUUGACCUUUUCACAAGACUUACCUUCCAUUUAUUAUCUCUAAAUGUGGCGAACGUUAAGCAAUUGAAUCUCAUGUCAUAUUUUAAGAUUGCAUCUUUUCAUGCAAAGACGAGGAUCCCCGCUGCUUAUCAUUAACUGUAUCCGUUAGUUAUAAUUCAUCCAACCAAAGCCAAUAUUCUGUGUGCCAAGCAUACUGCACUAUUGAACAAGGUGUUGGAAAAUCCGCGAAACUUGAAAUUUGCGGAUUUUCUCGCCUUAAUGUGAGCCAUUGUUGUAUAGCCAUGUGACCCUCUAUUUAUGUGAUAUUGCAUGUCCACCUGGUGGUCAAUAUAUAUGUUUAACAAAUCUACCCAAAAAAAGUAAUUUUUUCCCAGUUGAAAAUAAUUAAAAAUUUCAAAUGUCUAAAUAAAUGUAUCUCAGUAUUAAAAUUAAUAAAUUUGUUAACAAUUCUACCACCAUGUAAACCUCAAAUGUUAUCUUUCUCAUCUAAAGUGUCAAAUUAGAAAAAAUCGGUUUAUUUCAAAUUGAUUUUUAGAUAUUUUCUUCAACUAGUGUACAUUUUAAGAAUUUUAAGUUCUGCACGGAAAAACAUAGGAUUUUGAAAGUGACUGUUUGAAUUUUUAGCUUAGAAUCUACUGUGAAAAAUGCAUCGUUUUCUGAUAUAGACCUCAUUAUGGAGAGCUAUAUUUUUAUUUCAAAUUUAUCCUUUAGAAUGAAUGAUUUUAAUGAUGAUCUGUUAUUAUCUGUUACAUGGUCCCCAUAUUCAAUAAAUAUUGAUAUUGUUAA